GCUUCACACUUUCAUGAAAGGUUAUGCUUCAUUUUUCUUCUCUCUCUCCCUUUCUCUCUCAUCCUAUUUUGAAAUCACCGAUAUUUCAACAAUAAAUAUACAGCAAUUGAGAUUGAGAGGGAAGAAAUUAAAACUGAAACACGACACAAGUGGAAAUAUCUAGAGAGAGAGAAGAGAGAGAUGGGCGGCAGCGGCAGCACGAAGGCGGCGAUGGUGGAGGCGGCGCCCUGCGCCGCCAUGGUGUUGGUGGAGGGCUCCAUUAUAGCAUUGACUAUAAUGGCUAGCACCGCCAUGGCUCGAGGAAUGAGCCCUUUUGUGUUUGUGGUCUACACCAAUAUUCUUGGAUCAAUUAUUCUACUCCCUUAUUGCUUCUUCUAUGAGAGAGAGAGGUCGGAGGAGGCGAUCUUGACCUUCAAGUUUCUGGUGCGAGUGUUCUUGCUUGGCUUUAUAGGGAUAACUAUAGCUCAGAAUCUAGCAUAUGUUGGUUUGAGCUACAGUUCUCCCAUUGUGGCGUGUGGCAUGGCCAACCAGAUUCCUGCUUUCUCUUUCAUUCUAGGAAUCAUCCUAAGGACCAUAAAAUUCAAUUGGAAAAGCUCAGGCAGCCAAGCAAGAGUAUUAGGCACCUUGAUAUCUUUCGCCGGAGCAAUUUUAGUCACUCUCUACAGAGGGCCCACCAUAAAAAACCACUCAUUUCCCUCUCUAUCUUUUUCGGCGUCAGCAGUGGCACCGCCACGUCUAUUCGUCUUCUUAGCACCGCAUGAAAACUGGGUUCUUGGCUGCAUUUUAUUCGCAGCUUCGUCAUUCACUCUAGCCAUUUGGAACAUUGUUCAGGUAGGGACAGUGAAAAUGUGCCCAAACAUUAUGAAAAUCAUCUCUUUUUAUAGCUUAUUUGGGACGAUGCAAUCAGCUGCGGUUGCCCUUUUCCUAGAGAGAAAUCCUAGUGCGUGGAGACUCGACCUCAAUUUUGAACUCUUAGUCAUCGUGCUCACGGCAAUUUUCAGCAGUUUGAUCCGUACAAAAGUAUUGAUAUGGUGCACGAGAUGGAAGGGCCCUUAUUUCGUGCCUGCAUUCAAACCCUUUGGAAUUCCAUAUGCAAGCACCUUCGGUUGCUUGCUCUUUGCGGAUACUUUCCAUUUUGGGAGCAUGUUGGGAGCGUUCGUGUGUGGCGUGGGCUACUACACCGUGUUAUGGGGAGAGGUCAAAGAUGGCGAGACGCAGCGGUUAGAUGAUAGGCGCAGCGAUUCAUCUACGGCUGAGAAGGUCCCUCUUCUUCAAGAUAGAGAUGACUGCGAAGUAUGAGAUUACGAUAUCAAAUCAAAGAAGAUGGAUUUUUUGUUUUUUGGCUUCUUCCUUUUUUGUGAAUUAAUGUUCACGAUGAGUUUCUGGGAUUCUGGAUUGUAUAUACAUUUGGAAGGGUUAGUUUUUUAGGAUCCUCCAUAUUUUUUUAUAUGAAAUGAUCCUUUUUUUUUAUUGUAUAGUAGUAUAAUAUCACACGUUGAUAUCAUUGUAGUGCUUGAAAAUAAUAUUCCAAUCAUGAGUUGUAUAUUGUAAAUCAGAUACUCUAUUGUAAUUUUGGAUAUUAUUUUAUAUCAAUAGUGAGUUGUGAUUG